AUGCUGUUCAACAUCCAAACCAAACGGUUGUCCGACUCGGCAGGCAACAGAACAUCAGGGACAAGGAACUCAGAACAAGGAUCACAGACAGCCAGAAGACAGGACAGCACCAGCAUCUGCCUAUCAGGACAGCCAAUCGAAAUUAAAUCCUUAAACCUUCUUCCUUCGGUCCACCUGCCAUUAUUUCGACGAAAUAAUCCAAAUUUUUUUUCGAAAAAAUCAACAAAAAUAACAAAAGCCAACCAAGAAUAAGAAAAAGAGAUUGCCUCACCACAUGUUGCACAUGCAACAAGUCAGACAAUAUAUUUUUUUUGAAAGUGCCAGUGCCAAAGUAUUAAAGAGAUAAAAACAAAGUGUGUUUAUUUUUCGUGAAAUGUUUUUUUUUUUGUAAAUCACAGUAACAACAGCAACAACAAAUAAAUAUCAUAAUUAUCAAAUAAAAAAAUACAAAACCUACUAGAAAUACCUGAAUGCAGCCACCAAAGUACAACACAACUCAGAGCCCUAUUACAAAGAGAUAUCAUCGUAAACCUUAAUUGAAAUGCCUACAGAUCAGAUACCAUAUAUUCAUAUAUCAAUAUAUACAUAUUGUAUAUUUACCUGAACGAUUGUUACGGAUGGAGUCUUGUUGCGAUUGAUUUGUAAGAAUGAGAAUAUAUACCAGAUGAGAGCCAUAAUAUAGAAAAGACACAUGCAUAUAUAUUUUAAAUGCCGAAAUCAAAAGAAAAAUUAAAGAAAACCUAAAACCAUAAAAUAAAAAAAACCAAAGAAAAAGGUAAACCGAAUCACAGAAUUGGAGAAAUCAGUUUAAAAACCAAAAUACCAACAUGACUAUGACAGCCAUUUGCUUUGUCUGCAACCUGCCCAUCAUGUCACACCAGGUGGGUUUGGUGUGGCAGGGCGGCAACGGCUGGGACGAUCUUGUCCGGGAACAGCUGGAGGAGUCCACUAUACGACAGCGUUUGGGCGGUCGUCGAGACUCCGCCGCCCAGAUCACCACACCGCCGAGCACCUCGCCCCCGCCGGGACUGCAGCGCCGGCGCCGCAGUUCCCUGGCCCAGCUGACCGACAUCCUGCGCGAGUGGAGCGGAGGCACCAAGCAGCAGCACCACCAGCAGCAGCAGGCCCAGCAGCAGGCGGCCCGCUCCAAGGCCCAGCUGAAUCGGCGAGAGACCCUGGCGGACCUCGCACGGAGCCUGCCGUGGCGCACCUCCACCACCACGGACGCCAGUACUGGGGCAGGCGGGGGAUCGGGUGGUGGCACCACCUACAUAGCACCGAGGAAGCGCCGGGAAUCGAGCGCCGAUUCCGGCAUACGGAGCAUGCGAUCGCGACGGGACUCGAAUACGGCGGAGUUCGUCCGGCACUGGAACAGGCGAGAGAGCGGGGCAGUUGAGGAGCAGCAGCAGACCAGCACAUGCGUCUCCGUUCCCGUCGUCGUGGAGUGCACGAAGAGCGCAUCCCGUCGCGGUUCCGGGGAGAGCUACCUUUCCAGCAGCCGGCGGGACAGCACUGUGGCUGGGCGGGUCACCACGCCCCCGCCCCCUGGCAAAUACCAAAUGGGCAAGAAGCGGGACUCGCUGGCCGCCCCGGAGUUCCCAAACUUCCGGCAGGAGCAGCGCCCAUCCACCAGCUCCGCCGGCUCCUGCUCCGACCACUCCACGUCCCUGUACCACCAGCCGAGCACCAGCACUCACCACCUCCACCUGGCCCAUCAUGCCGCCCUGCAGGUGGACUCCGCCUGCCAGGCCCUGCCGCCGCCGACGAUCAUCACCAGUUCGGUGACGCCGCCGGCGACAAGUCCGACCGCACCGAAGGGACGCCGCGAUUCCACGACGCAGUGCGGCCGCGUCAACCGGCGCGACUCCAAGGCGGGCGUCAGUCCAGAGCGGGCGCCACGUCUCCAGCGUUUGCAGCGCCAGGCCACCGCUUUCGACGAGGGCUGCCUGCCGGGCGGUGGCAGUAGGCGUGGCUCGCAGCCAGCCCUCAGCCCGGAUCCGCCGGAGGAUUGCGAAAGGCGGACAUCGCGACGGGACUCUCUGUCGCCGGACAGCGCUUCACGGGGCGGACGCCGGGAUUCGCGGACUCACCUGUCGCCGGAUCGCUCCCACGAGCGGGACGGCAGUCCUCGGCGGCACACCCUGCGCCGGCAGAGCAGUUCGGCGGCCCGCUCGCCACGCUCCCCGGACUCCAAUAGCUGCUGCUCGUCGCGGGACCCCAGCCCGUGCUCCCGGCCACCCCCACUGCCCACCGUGGAACAGAAUCAGCGGCCGGCCAUUCGACGGCAGUCCACCACCGAAGAAAUCCUGAUUGCCCGGGGCUUUCGGCGUCAGUCCACCACGGAGGAGAUGAUCCGGUGCCGAAAUUUUCGUCGCCAGAGCUCCCAGAGCGAUGAUGUGUGCCGAUAUCGCGGCAGAAGAGACUCUUCGGCCCAAAUCAUAGAUGGCACCAUCGGCACUAUGACCGUGGAAACCACUAGCACUUUUUUUGACUCAAGUACUCAGACAGAACCCUCGCCGCUCUACGACAACAAUCACUAUCAUGAGGAAUGUCUGCGCUGCAAUUCCUGCGGUCUAAACCUAACCGGGCCCAAUCAGAAACGGGCCAGGAGAUUCAAGAACCAGAUACUGUGCGACCUGCAUUUCGCGGACGUGGCCCUAAUGGAGUGCUCCGAUUUCAUGCAACAAUUGCGGAGCUUCAAGCCCCAAUCCCUCGGAUGCGCGGUUGCCAGGCGGAAGAGCUCCACCACGCUGAUAUUUCCACUGCCGCCGCAAGCAUGUUCAGAUGAGUUCUGUGAGGAGUAUCCACACAAUCUGAUGCCCACGCCGGGCUACUGGAUCGAGUGCUCCAGGCAGAAGAUCACGAUGCCCACUCCCCAUACCAUCUGGGAUGAGAGCGAUUCGGAGCACGAGGACAUCCGGGCAGGCAGUGCCAGUGAUGCCUAUUUGGAGAGAGAGUGCAGUGAUCUCUACGAGGAUGACGAGGACUCGGAGGCCACACCAAGUCCCCGAAAAAAGACAACCAUUGAGGAGCAGUGGGACCAGCAGGGAGCCUUUGAACUGAUCUCCGUGGAACAGGAGACGUACGAAAAGUAUUUCUAUGGCACCGAACACUGGAACUACUUUACCAGCGACGAGGACCUGGGUCCUGUCAUCCUCUCCAUUAAACAGGAGACCCUCAAUGGGCGUGACCAGUUCCGUAUUCUGGUUAGAGCGGGAUCCUAUACCGUACAUGGACUGAUACCGGCGUCAUGUGUGUUUGCCGAUAGAUAUAAUCGCGAAGAGGUAGUUAGGUCUUUAGGUAAAGAAGUUAAUUUAAAUCCACCUUUAACGUUAGGACAAUUGCCCGAUACGCCGGAGGAAUUAUUAAAAUUAGAUCAGGUUUUUAUAAAAUCAGAAUUAAAAGUCGGCGUUAUAUUUGUCAAAGAGGAUCAGUAUACUGAAGAGCAAAUUCUGGACAAUAAUGAAAACUCACCGCUCUUCGACGAGUUCCUCACUUUGCUGGGCGAUCGAGUACGCCUGCGCGGCUUUGACAAAUACAAAGGUGGCCUUGAUACAGUUCACGACCUAACAGGUCUCUUCUCCGUCUAUACAAAUUGGCGUAACAUCGAGAUCAUGUUCCAUGUAUCCACAUUGCUACCCUAUGAGAAGCACGAUCCCCAAAAGUUGCAAAGGAAACGCCACAUCGGCAAUGAUAUUGUGUGUGUGGUGUUCUUGGAGGCGGAUAAUACUAGAUUCAGUCCAGCCUGUAUCAAAAGUCAUUUCCUGCACACUUUUAUAUUGGUUCGUGUCUCGGCUCGAAUAAAACAUAAGCCCACCCGGUAUGAGGUUUCUGUGGUGACGAGAGACGAAGUGGGUGCCUACAAGCCAUAUCUUUGGGAGCAGUCGGUAUUCGAGAAGGGACCCAUGUUCCGGGAAUGGCUGCUGACGAAGAUUGUGAAUGGAGAGAGGGCCUCGUAUUCGGCACCGAAAUUCGCCAGGAUGCAGGAAAGGACUCGGUCACAGAUGCUGGAGGAUCUGGUGAUGAAUCUAUCGAAUCAUGCCGAAACUGGACAAAUACCGAAGCCAUAUCGUCGCGGAAGUUGGCGGCCCAUCGGCCACAUGCGACCCUCAUCGCCCUUACUGGACUCUGUAAGAGAUCAGUUCGAGGACUACGACCAGCUGGCCAAGGACUUUACCCGCGUAUUCCUGAACGAAGAACCAUCGUGCCUGACCAAUGCCCACCUCUUCGACGUGGUCUUCCUGGUGGGUCAGUCCAAGCAGAAGGCGCGUUUCAUUGGAGUUCGGGCGAUACUGGGAGUGCGAAGUAGAGUUUUUCAGGAAAUGCUGUAUGGUAUCCAGACUGGAUUUGGAUCGCCGCAGAUACCCGUAGCUGAGAUCUUCGCCCGGCCAGCACCGUCACUAGUAUCGCCCCAAAACCAGAAGCCGAAGAGCAACAACUAUCUGACCGUACCGGACUCGGACUCCAUCCGGCCGAAGAGUGUACCAUCGUCGCCGAUGGUGAAGCGGGCCUUCUCCCGGCUGGGUACCAUUACGGCCGGAUGGGGCCGAUCCAUACGGAACAAGAAUACCAAUCAAUUGAAUCCGGAUGAUAAAAAGAAGUGGAUAUCGUCGACAGAUUGUUCGAACAGGGACAGCAAGGACAAGGACAAGGAUAAGCCGGGUAACAAUCAGUUGGCGGUGCCACGCCUCUCCGUCUGCGCCGACGCCCAGAAGGUGGACCGGGCCAAGUUGGCCCAAACGGAGUUCAACAUUAUUGAAUUCGAUCCGGACACGUUUCGAGUGCUUUUGAAUUAUCUGCAUACUGGGACUUGCCCCUUGACUUGUGUUUCCAUACCAGGCCUUCUGUGCGCCGCCGAGCACUAUGACCUGCCGGAGCUGCUGCAGGCCUGCUUCCAUCACUGCAAGCAGUUCCUCCGGAUCGAGGUGGUCUGCCCGAUGCUCAUCUCGCUGGAGAACUACUACUGGCGAUACACAUCCGCCUCCGAGCUGGUCAACAUGAUACUGUCCUUCGUGGAGAGCAAGGCCCAUGCCCUGUUCAAGUGCCCGGAAUUCCUACACCUCUCCGAGUCGAUGGUCCAGAUGAUCAUGUGCCGGGAACUCCAAACGCCCGAGAUACGCAAGUUCGAAGCGAUGCUGGCGUGGGCCCAGCACAAGGUGGCCAAGCUGAAGAAUCACCCCAACAAGGAUACCCAGUUCGAGUUCGAGUGCAUCAUGGAGAGGCUGACGAGGGACUUGAACCUGUGCCGGAUAUCGCCAAGUGAACUGCUCACCGUGGUCCUGCCCUCCAAGUCGAUGAAGAACGAGAGGAUCAUGGAGACGCUGAUGGUGCAGGUGAAUCUCGGCACCUAUCGAAUGCCCGAGCUGGAUGCGUACCGUCAGCAGUUGCGCCAGCAGGAGUCCGCCGAGGCCACCGUCCAGGUCCACCGGGGUGGAUGAGACAGUAAGAAUGUGAGUUUCGAUUUGGAUCAGCCGCAGCAGGCAACGCAGCAAAUGCAGGACUCUCAGCCAGGACACUCUGAUACGGAUUCGGACUA